GGCCCAAAUAGCAUCACUGGGGAAAAACCAAAAGAACUCCAUCAACCAUAGUCCAUCCGGCUAGUGCCCACCGGUGAAGCCCUAACCGCUCCACCCUGAUUGCUUCUCUCAACUCUCAAACCAAAUCCCGCGCACUGACUCACUCAGCUGAUUCUUUAGGGGGUUGGGCCUCGCCCCUUACUUGUCUUGCUCUUUCCCUCUUCUUCUGCUGCUCACUCCCAUCACUUGCAUUUUAUCUGUCAGGGAAGAAUGAGUAGCUCCAGGGAAAAUUCUCCAGAUUGGCUGCGUUCUUUUCAGGCGCCAACUUCUACGCUGACAUUAUCUUCGGAUUCCAAUUCUUCACCAAACUGUAGCCCGCUUAGGGAGUAUAAAACUGAUGAUGAAGAAAACUUUCUACACAGUUCAUCUACAUGGGAAAAGGGCAAAAGAAACAACAAUAAAGUACAUGAAACUCCUUCAAAAAAGAAGAAAAUAGAUGUCUUGAAAAGUUCGGAAGGACAUAGGGAUGAUGCGAAGGCUGCUAAGGGAGAAAUAUCCAAUAAACACUUGGGAUCUCAUGCAGCAAAUAGUUCAAUUUGGACUUUAUCAUCAGAUUCUGAGUCUUCUCCGGGUCAUUCUCCUAAAAGGAAGGAGAAAAUAUCUCUAUCUCAAGAGAGUGGAGAGGCCAAUGAUCCAGUUCUGACUGGCAGAGGGGGCGAGUCUCCACGAAAGAAGACUUCUAAAGGAAAAUCUCCGAAAAAGGGGUUAAAAGUGGGUGGCCAGACUCCUGAAAUGGAGAAUAAUGUGAAUGAUGAUGGAAAGAUAACAGAAAAUGAUGAUAAUAUCGCGGCUGCUGAGGAGGCAUCUGAAAAGCACAUUGAGCCUCAUGUUUCUACCUCAAGAUUGCCUUUGGUGCUGUCUGAGAAAAUUCAGCCUUCAAAGGCACUUGUUGAGUGUGAAGGGGAUUCCAUAGAUUUGAGUGGUGAUGUGGGGGCUGUUGGACGAAUAGUAAUUUCAGAUACUGCAUCUGAAAAUCAUGAAAUGUUCUUAGACUUAAAAGGAACCAUUUACAAAACAACAAUAGUGCCUUCCAGAACAUUUUGCAUUGUUGGCUUUGGUCAGUCUGAGGCAAAGAUUGAGGCUAUCAUGAAUGACUUCAUUCAGCUUAAAUCACAAUCGAAUGUUUGCGAAGCAGAAACCAUGGUUGAAGGUACACUAGAUGGCUUCUCAUUUGAUUCUGAAGACGAAAUUGACAAGAUGCCUAAGACUAUUCCCCAUCAAACUGAUCAAAAUGAGGGCACUGAUGGACAAAUGAACGGGAAAGCCAAAGGAAAAGCAGACAAAACAUCUACGGCAUCACGGAAGAGAGGUAAAACUGCCGGAGGAAAGCCACAGCCGCCCAAAAAAGCAGGAAAGAAAACUGUCGUUUCAAAAAAACCCAAGACCAGAAAAUGAGAGACGAAACCAAUGUUCAAAAACUUGUUGUAUAUGCAGCCAAUUACAGACAUUUGGUAUAAAUUCCUUGGCUUGAGUAAGAGCAGAAAAUGCUUUUUCUUUUUCAUUUUUUAUGACAAAAGGUGGGUCUUUUUUUCUUGUGCAUCAUGCUCUUGGUUUCUUUAUUUUGUAAGCAUAUUUCACAGUUACUAAUUAUGAAUUGCCAUCAAUUGUAAAACGUAAUAUAUGCUACUGUACCCUUGCCUCGGUAGCAUUGGAUGAAAACCGGCAAAAUUACCUA